AUGUCUUCAGAACGCGCUGAAGACGCGAGUCAGCAGCCUCUUCUGUCCGAACAUCGCCAAGCAGAUCACGAUGCAUCCGCGUCGCGGGGUACUUUCACGCGUAACCUCGGCGCCGUCGAAGCCUUCGGCAUAGUCGUGAGCAUCGUCAUCGGCAGUGGAGUUUUUACUUCUCCCGGCUCAAUCGACACGAAUGUUCCAUCACCAGGAUUGGCGCUGGUUAUUUGGUUGAUUGGUGGUGUUUUGGCGUGGACGGGUGCUACGACGUUUGCUGAGCUUGGGACUGCUAUUCCUGGCGAGGGUAAGAUUCAUCCUGGUCCUUUACGUGGAGAUGAGCUAACGGGUGCAGGUGGUGUUCAACCAUAUCUCCAGCAUAUAUAUGGCGAUAUCUGGGGUUUUCUCGCAGCGUGGACAUGGAUCGUCACCGUCAUGCCCACAACGCUAGCAAUCCUCUCCAUCGUCUUUGUCGAGAGCGCAUACUCAGCCGCAGGCGUGAUAAACGAAGACCACCGCAUAUCACACAAGCUCCUCUCAAUUCUAGUACUAAUCAUCAUGAGCGUCGCAAACUCCAUCAGCACCAAAGCAAGUACUCGGCUCAACGGCUUCUUUGUAGUUCUCAAGUUUGUGAGUAUUCUUGUCGUGGUCAUGGCCGCGCUAGCUGUUGUCGGCGUUCAUGCCACGCAUCCUGAUAAAGAAGCUGGGGGAGGCGAUUGGUUUAAGAAGAACUGGUUUGAGUAUAGAGAUACGUAUAAUCCGAAUGGACCGGAUACAGAUUGGAGCAAGUUGAGUCAGUGGGAGAUCUUUGGACAUUAUUCUGCUGCGCUUUAUGCAGCUCUUUGGGCUUACUCUGGGUGGGACAAGGCCAUCUAUGUUUCCGCCGAGCUUUCGCAACCUGCAAAGCAACUCCCUCUUGCUAUCAACACCUCAAUCCCAACAGCGAUCAUCUGCUUCCUUGCCGCCAACGCUGGAUACUACGUUCUACUCCCAUGGAACGUCGUCAGUACAACCGACAGCGUGGCCGUCACUGCCCUCACGCGCCUUUUGGGUCGAGGCUUCGGUAUCGUCACGGCUGUUCUCAUCUGUCUGGUCGUCGCAGGGUCUUUACUUGGCAACUCAUUCGUCGCGAGCCGUAUGUGCGUCGCCGCAGCAAGAAAGGCUUGGAUCCCUAGUCUUUUCACCAUUGUUGGCAGAGUCGGCGUUGAGCCUGAUACUGAAGAAGCCGAGGGUUCUGAAGACGAGUCUACUAAAGAAGCUGGAGACGCGCCAAUCAACGCUGUCAUCCUCUCAGUUAUUCUUGCGUCAUUUUAUAUUCUCUUCGGAAGCUUUAGAGCUCUUUUGACGCUCAAUGGUCUGGGAGAGUACUCUUUCUUCUUCCUCACGGUUUUGGGUGCUAUCAUCCUACGAUAUCGUGAACCAGAUCUGGAGAGACCAUACAAGACGUUCUCAAUCAAUCCAGUAGUGUUCGUGCUAGUCAGCGGGUUCGUGGUUGUUCGAGGUGCCAUCUUUGCACCUGUUCAGGCAAUUGUCAUCCUUGUCAUCUGGGCUCUGGGCAUUGCCUUUUACAAGGUGCGACAGUACUUGUCCACGAGGUAG